AUGCGCAACCUUUACCUUGCUGGGGCUCUAGUGAGCCUGGCAUGCUUCGUUACGGCCGCUCCAACUUCUCUCAUGCGGGGGCAACUGCCCGAUGGAAUGCCCUCGCCGGGUCCAAGCGAGCUGAAGCAAAUCGAGCAGUCUGCCCACGGCACCCUGCCAAAUGGCCCUCCCCCGCCGGCCAUCAGCAACCAGGGCAUUGUGAACCUGAAGUUGAUUGCGUUCAACGAGCUAUUCGAAGUCGCCUUCUUCAAUGAAUUGAUUACCAACAUCACCGAGAAUGUUGAGGGAUAUCGCUUUAACAAAGCGGAAGAGCAGACCGUCGUUCUAGACGCGCUCAAGGCCAUUCUCGCGCAAGAGGAACUGCAUGCACUCCGUGCCAACGACGCCCUGAGCCAUUUCAAUGUCACGGAGAUCGAACCCUGCAAGUACCAGUUCCCCGUCCAGGACUUCGACGAUGCCAUCGUGCUCGCCUCGACCUUCACCAGCCUCGUUCUCGGGACCCUGCAGGAUGUGGUCGAGCGGUUCGCCUUGGGCCACGACGUCGACCUGGCACGCGAGAUUUCAUCCGUCAUCGGCCAGGAAGGAGAACAGCAAGGAUGGUUCCGCGUUAUGCAGGGCAAGAUCCCCAGCGAGCUGCCCUUCCUGACCACCAGCGACCUCAACUUUGCCUUCACCGCCAUCCAGGACUUUGUCGUACCUGGCAGCUGCCCCAAUAUCUUCGAUAUCCCUCUGCGUACCUUCGAGGAUCUGAAAAUCCUUUCAACCCCUGGCCCCCAAAGCCAGAAUCUCACCUUCCAGUUCAACGACCCGGAUAAUGAUGCUGCACACCCACUGUGGAUGACCUAUAUCAACCAGCAGAACCUGCCGAUCGUCGAGCCUCUCCACAUUAUAAGCCGUGAUGGACGUGAAGUCCAGGCUGAAGCACUCUUCCCGUUCGACGACCAUGAGAUGAAUGGCCUGACGAUCGCGACAGUGACCAAUCUGGAGGGUCCCUUUGAAGACGUGAGCAGUGUGGCUAAGUGGACACUCGCUGGGCCUGGUCUGAUCAUCAUCAACUGA